AUGCCACCUCUCACAUUCUUCGAUCUCCCGGGCGAGAUACGCAACCAAAUUUACCGCCAACUCCUCCUCAUCCCCUCUCUCUCAACCCCGCGCCUCCUUGGCGACCCCCCAAUCUACCCCGCCAUCCUCUCCACAUGCCACAAAAUCCACUCCGAAACCCAUCCGAUUCUUUACGGCAGCAACACCUUCCUCGCACACCCUAAUCUCCUCACUGCGCUCCCCAGGCUUCGUCUCUACUACUCCACCAUCAGCUCCCCCAUCCUUAUCUCCAGAAUCCGCCGUUUCCACAUCCGCGUCCGCUUGGACAACGAUCCGAAUUUCUCUGCCCAAAAGGCGCAGGAGAGCUUUACUGGGGUCGAGGAGUUAACAAUUGAGGUCUUCCAGGCGCAGUAUGGGAGCUCAGAUUAUAAGGUUUUGAGGCUGUUUGAGGGAGUGAGGGGGGUAGAGAGGACAAGACUUUAUGGGAGUAUUACGGGGUUUCCGGAGUAUGCUGAGUGGUUGCAGAAUGCAAUGUCCACUCCGGUGGGAAAGGAGGUGGAUUUAUUUGAUAGGGAGAAGGUGUUAUUAGAGAAGGCUGUACAUGUAAGAUCUGGUGAUGCUUAUGAUAUCUGGAUUGUCAGUGGGAGAUGGCAUGGCUUCAUAGUCAGCAUGGAUCAAUACAAAGAUCAUACGCUGGCCGAGAAGGCAAUGGAGCAGAGAGAAGAGAGACAGAGCCUUCAAGAGAUGGAGGAAGACGCAGUGUAUCAGCUGCUGGGUGCACCGAUGCCGGACAGAUGGGCUCUGGGCAUGAAUGCCAUUAGCCAUGGGGAAGCAGAUUGUAUGCCUAUGAAGGCCGAUGCGCACCCACAGCUUACCGAGUACCCAGCCCAACCUCGAACUGGCAAUACUCCGUACCAACUCUCGAUUCCUCGACAAACUUCCAAUCGAGAUUCUGAACGACAUCUACAAGUACUUGCUGUACAAUCUUAUGCUUGCAGAUCUAGCACACGUUACGUAGUUCCUCCGGGACUAUCAGGCUCCAAAUAUGUUGCCUAUAAUUGGUCUCCGGCAAUUCUUCAAAUAUGCCGCCAGGUUAACGCAGAAGCCAACAUUGUCCUAUACGUGUUUAACAAGUUCCAUUAUGUGGCUACGGGACCUCACAACCAUCUUUCCUCUUCGCGGGAACGCCAACGAGUACUCAUCGAAAUAACCCUCAUUAGUAGGUACUUUCGAUACGGGUGCAAUCCUACGAUGUCACAGCCAUUUCAAACCCGUUUUCCCGUUGCCAAAAAGAUCCGACAUUGGAGAGUUGUCAUCAACCCGCAACGCGCGUCAGAUUGUCUCCCCCGAUCUGUCCUCGGCGUGCCAAUUUAUAAAUGGAUUAUAGUAUCUGAAGAAAAGCAAUAUUCUGCACGCUGGCUAGUCGAUGUCUAA